AUGUCCUACACCACCGUGCCCUUCCCCGGGGCGUCGUCGCCUCUCAUGCAGCCGGGCACGCCGUUCCAGGUGCCCGGCAGCCCACAGCCCGCGGCGACGAUCCAGCCUGGCUCCAUCACGUACACGACGACGGUGGGUGCGAACGGCCAGGUCGUCUACCACCCCUUCAACUAUCAAACACCGCAAGGCGUCGUCAGUGGCAUCCAAUGGGUACCGGCGGAAGCUACGCAGGUAGUGCCUACCGGGGCAGUCCCCGCUAAUGCGGAGUUCAUGGCGUCCUUCAAUCGCGGACAGAUCCAGCCUGACGGCGGUGCCAUGAGGGAUUGGCAACGCGAGGAAGAGAGGAGGCGCAAGAAGGAAGACCGGCGCGAACGCGAGCGGGGGCGCGAAGACCGCGACCUCCGGCGUGCGCGCGAAAAGGACGGCCGCGUCGAGCGUGAGCGCAGCCGCAGCCGCCGUCCCAGCCUCAACGGGGGCUACGGCGGUGCCUACCCCGCCCCCGCAUACGGCGCCACCGCCGAUCUGGAGCGCCGCUUCCAGGACCUCGAGCUCGACCGUGCGCGCGAGCGCGAGCGCGAGUACGAAGGGGACCGCAGGAACGGCGUCGGCACGCGCUCCCGCCGCGGCUCGUUCUAUGGCGGGGACCGCCCGCCCUCGGGAUACCAAGCGGCCCCGGGCGGUCCUGCGUACCCUUCGCCGCCUGGCGCGUAUCCUUCUCCUGCGCCCGCCGGGUACGGCGGCAGCCCAGCCGCCACGUACGGGCAACCUGGAUACGCUGCGCAGUACGGCAGGUCGUCGACCUACCCUCCUCCUUCGCCUCGCCCUGGCGAGGCUAUACCCAUCGCGCGCCCCGUGUCUCCUUACCAGGCAGGCCCGCUGCCUCGCCCCGUGUCCCCGUACCUGCCAGGAGCCAUCCCUCGCCCCGUGUCCCCAUAUCAGAACCCGAUGGCGCGCCCCGUGUCCCCGUACCAGAACCCGAUGCCGAUGGCGCGCCCCGUGUCGCCCUACCAGCCUGGCAUGCAGCGCACCGCCUCCCCGCGGCCCGGCAUGGACGUCUACCCUCGAGGCCACGUCAUGGAAGGCCAGCCCAUGCGCCGGGGAGGCUCCCGCGCCCCUAGCCCCGCCCCUGGUUACGGCGCCGCCCCGCCUACCUCGAGCUACCCCGGCAUGAACACGUCCGCGUACAGCACCCCUGGCUACGGCGCGCAGCCGGGAGGGUACGGUUCGCAGCCUGGAGGGUACGGCGGGCCCGCGUCCCCCAGGAUGCCGCUGAUGCCUGGCGAGCAGGCGCAGCAGAUGCUCUCCGCGCCGGAGGGCUUCUCGCGUCCCCCCAACCUGGCGCAGCCGUAUACCCACUUCGAGAUGAUGAAGAUCCAGGAGAUGGAUGAUUUCUGGAGGGGCACCCUGACCGCAGACCUCAUCGACCUCUGGAACGCCUCGUUCUUCGGGCGUCGCGGCGUCGAAGUCGUGCUCUACAAGGGCCGUGAGCGGCGCUCCGGGCGCGGCGUCGGCACCGUCGACCUCCACCUUCCCGGCUUCGAUACCUACGACCCCGACUCUGACGAACUCGACUCAUCUGACGACGACGACGACGAUUCGUCCGAAGACGAUCGUGACGACAGGUACAGGUAUGGGAACGCGUAUGGAGGCGUUUACGGCCGUCAGACGCUCAGGCGCGAGCGGAAGGCCGAGAAGAAAAUGAGGAAGAGGGAGAAGAAGAGACGUGCCAAGCUGCGGGAGCUCGAGAGGAAGUACUCCCUGUAUCUCACCUGCACUUCCCCACGAGAGGGUGGUCUGGGUCCGCAAAUGUAGGUUUCCAUGGAGGGAAGGUGUCAUGUUGUAUCCGUCAUAGUGAAGCGAUUGGUUUGCCAUGUGUAUCGUGCAGCUGCUAUGUAUGUAUUCAGGUCUCAAGCUGUCUCACUGCUCUCGCUCUCCGCCUGAGGCUACCAGAAUGAUGACAUGUAUAUAUCGAACGCUACACAAUAACAAUGUCAUGUAUGUUACACGGAAGUCCCAUAUACUGCGUGCAUCCUCCGCCGUCAAUAGGUUAAUAAUAGACAUGCGCCAGCGAUGAAGCUGAGC